UCACUCACGAGCCAACACUGUCGGACAGCACAUUUCCUCCGUGUGCGAAUCUCGCAGGACAAAUGAGCGAUUGUUUUGUCGCACUGAUUCACUGUUACUUCUAACACCAGACUUCCAUCGGGUGGCCGAAAUGUCAGAGGAGCAGACCGUUUCUCUGGUGGACGUCCUGCAGGAAGAUGAAGAGCUGGAAGAAGAAGCGUCCGCCGUGUUGGCUGGAAGUGACUCGGACCACUGCUCGUAUCCUCAGGGCUAUGUGAAGCGUCAGGCCCUGUACGCUUGCAGCACAUGCACCCCGAAAGGAGGACAAGCAGCUGGCGUGUGUUUGGCGUGUUCCUACAAGUGUCACGAAGGUCACAACCUGUUUGAGCUCUACACUAAAAGGAAUUUCCGCUGUGACUGCGGAAAUGGCAAGUUUGUGGACGCGCCAUGUAAACUCUUUCACGACAAGGAUGACGUCAACAGCUUGAAUAAAUACAGUCACAACUUCUUCGGAGAGUACUGCACUUGCCGCCGGCCGUAUCCGGACCCAGAAGACCAGGUUGAGGACGAAAUGAUCCAGUGUGUGUUGUGUGAGGACUGGCUACACGGCCGGCACCUGGGCUGCGAAGUUCCAGAUUGCGUGGAGCUGCAAGAGAUGAUCUGCGAGUCGUGUAUGAACGCAAACGAGUUCUUGUGGAGCUACGCCGCUCAGCUGGCAGUUCCAGGUCAGGCGCUUGAGCCGGAGGUGGCGAAGGAGAAGGGCGCCGACGCCGUUGCGGACGAGGCCGGCGAACCGAGCAGUAAGCGAUCUCGUCCGGAGGACGGGGUCGAGCCAACUUGCAAACUGAAGGAGCUGGAGGCCACCGGCGUCAAGCGGGCCCGCUCCGGAGCUGUCUUUUGGCCUUCGGGGUGGCGAUCCAAGCUGUGCCGGUGCCACGCCUGUCAGGUGAGGCUGACGGAGGCGGGGCUCUCCUUCCUGACGGACGAGUCGGACACGGUCCUGGCCUACGAGAAUAAAGGCAAGCGCGAGGAAGGCAGAGCGCCGGCUCACGACCCGCUCAUGUCGGCGCUGGACAACCUCAACCGCGUGCAGCAGCUGGAGAUCAUCCACGGUUACAACGACAUGAAAAGCGAGCUGAAGGACUUCCUGCAAAGAUUUGCCUCCGAAGGAAAGGUGGUCACCUCCGAGGACAUCCGUCAGUUCUUUGAGCGGCAGCAAAGUCGCAAAAGAAGACAAGCGGACGCCCGCUUCCACUGCGCAUGACCCCUUUGACCUUUUGCCCGCACUUGCUCUUUUUAACGACAUCAACACAUUUUCUCUUCUUCCUUUUCACUGCCAAAUAAAAGCCGUCCACGCUUUUUGGAUUUUGCUGCGUUUUUGCCUUCAAAAGGUGCCAGCAAACGGGAAGCGACGUCUGUAUUGACAGCUAAGAAACAUACUAAAGGAAUUAAGUAUAUACUGAAAUUAAAUGAAUUUAAAACACAAAGGUCAGUCCAGAAGCAAAAUCCCAAAUGAUCUUAACCCUGUUGUGCGUUUGUGUACGUGUGCUGUUGACAGCGGCAUGUGUUCCUUCAAAUGUGUUUCCAUCACGUCUGGUCUUUUCUUCUGUGAACAAAAUGUAAUCAGCUGUUCUGUUGACCCGGACCCCCCCCCCCCAUCCCUCCCUUCCGCCGUUCCCCCCCAAUGAUGUAUACAAGCAGCAAGUGAAGACUAACUGAUUCGAGGGCGAGCGGCACUGGCGUGAGCAUGGCGCUGAGGAAGACGGCGGCCGCGAGUUUCCUGUGCGCUCCCAAGAAGGUUUUGGCGAAGGUCAGCGUGGCCCAGGUCUUCAGCAAGCCCCCCAGGCAGCGCAUCGGGGCUGGGCAAACCUUUUUGGUCAUGUCGGUGUUCACGGUGGCCAUGUUGGCGCCGGCAGCCUGGAUCCUCCAUCAUCUGCCCGAGUAUCGCCGCAAGUCCCUCUACAAGAACGUCAGAUGAGCGCCCAGUGCCUGCCUGCCUGCCUCCUACAAUGUUUGUAUAUUUUGGUGGGAUGGCCCAAAA